AUGGCGACUUCUGCUCUUCAGAGCUCCUUUACAUCUUUUUCAAUAUACUCCAACUCCUCUUUCCUCAGCCAGCGUCUCCUUUCCCCGAUUUCCCUUUCGUCCCUUCUCCUCUUUAAUCUCUGGAACGACACCGUUUUGUUCUCUUCUGACAUUGUUUUGGGUCUGCACAUUUGGUUGAUUAAUCGUUUCAUCAUGUGUGUCUGCAUUUUGAUAGCUCAUUACUUUAGUUCUACUUAUCUGUUGCAGGUCAAGCUUGCUGAGAACCCAUGUCUUGUCUUUGCAAAGCUUAAGCGUUGGGAAAGGAAGAAAUGCAAACCAAAUAGUCUUCCCAUCCUCCACAAGAUGCAUGUCAAGUUCGGAGAUAUUGUCAAAGUCAUCUCUGGGCGAGACAAGGAUCUUCACCCACACAGCACCAUUGUCAUCAAAGAUGUUAACCUCAAGACCAAACACAUGAAGAGCCAUGAAGAGGGGGAGCCUGGCCAAAUUGUGAAGAUUGAAGCACCUAUCCACAGCUCAAAUGUGAUGAUGUAUUCGAAAGAAAAGGAGGUGGUAAGCAGGGUGGGUCACAAGGUCCUUGAAGAUGGACAGAAGGUGCGUAUCUUAUCAAAGCCGGGGAGCUUAUCGACACCGUUGAGAAGUGGAAGCAACUUAAGGAGGCAAAGGAUAAAGCAAGUACUCAAGUUGCAGUUGCCUCUGCAUCUUAACAUCUCUACUUUUUGA